UGAAAGUAGGGCUAGAGACUAGAGAGUUAACUUCAUGUAAACAUCGAGGGUGCCAAGGGCAGUACAAUAGUGGGGGACAUUUCUCUUGGUGUGGUGACAGAAAGAUGACUAUAAACAGACUACCCACCCUUGUGAGUACGACAUGGCUCAAACAGCAGAUGUGCAGACAUUCGAAUCCCUCGAUUGCCGGCAAAAUUACGCUGAGGCGCAGCUUGAGAAUUCUUGAUACAUCAUGGACUCCAGAGCCAGAAGUUGAUGGUUACAAAACCUUUUUUAAAGAAGCCCACAUACCGUCUUCAUUGUACUUUGACCUAAAACAAGUUCAAACAUCAGGACAAAAAGGUCCAGGAGCCAAGUUUCCCAUACCUGACAGCAACCGCUUUCAAGAUUAUGUGGAAGAUCUUGGCAUUUCCAAUGACACUCAUGUCAUAGCGUAUGACAGAUUCAACUCCAGGCCGUCGUUUAGAACUUGGUUUUUAUUUCGGCUGUUCGGUCACGAUAAAGUGUCGGUUCUAAACGGAGGUCUGAGACAGUGGGUAACAGAUGGUUAUCACGUGACUGUUGAUGAGCCAGAUGUUGAGGAAGGGGAAUUUGAGGUGAAUUUCCGGCCCCAUUUGUUGAGAAGCUACGAUGAAAUGUUGAAAAAUGUGAACUCUCAGGCUGAACAAGUAGUGGAUGCAAGAGGUCGAGGGAACUUUGUUGGGGAAAAUGAAAAUGAUGGCCACAUACCUGGGUCUAAAAAUAUUCCAUUUGGCUCCGUUUUCAAUGAUGAUGGCACUGUGAAGUCUUCCUCAGAGCUACAAAAAUUGUUUGACAAUGUGGGGAUUGACCUCAGCAAACCUCUUGUCUCGACGUGUCAGACUGGAAUGACGGCCUGUGCUGUCGCUGCAGCGGCUCACAUUCUGGGCAAAGAAGAUGUGCCUGUGUACAAUGGAUCUUUCACAGAGUGGUUUCAACGAGCAGACUCAAGUAUGAUUGCAAGACAAGGAAAGGACUAAGCACUGUGUUUCCGUAUCCCAAAUAUUUAUACUAACCAGAGAGAAAUGUAUGAUAUUGAUGCUGCUGUCAUAUAUAUUAUAUAUUGAUGUUUACAGAAAAGACAUGUCUAUUCUUCGUGUGAAGAUGUCAAGGGUACAUGAACCUGGCCAUAGACAAAGAUAGAUGGAAGAUAUUGGUGGUAAAAUUUUUAAUGCCAUUAAUUUCUAGGGCUGUAGAUUGUUUUGAUUUUUUUGGGUGUUUUUUUUACUAUGCUGUUUCCAAUAUUAUACAUAGAUCUCUAUUUUAAUUUUCAUUCAUAACAUACAUCACAAUACUAUUUUUGGUUACCGCAUCAUGCCUCCUAAAGAAAAUAGCUCACAAAACAAUUGAGACCCGGCCACAUA